UUUUAAUUGAAGUGUGAGAAGGAGGUUUUUAGGCAGGUAGACAACAUCCUGUUGUUCGGGUGCUUCUCUUUCUUUUUGCACAUCUAGCUGAACUGGGAGUCAGGUGGCUGACUUGUGCCUGCCUGCAGUAGCUGUCAUUACUCAAGUAGCAUCUGCGACCUCAGCCUGCCCACGGGGCCAUGGAUGCCGUAGCUGUGUAUCAUGGCAAAAUCAGCAGGGAGACCGGCGAGAAGCUCCUGCUUGCCACUGGGCUGGAUGGCAGCUAUUUGCUGAGGGACAGUGAGAGCGUCCCGGGCGUGUACUGCUUGUGUGUGCUGUAUCAAGGUUACAUUUAUACAUACCGUGUGGCCCAGACAGAAACAGGUUCUUGGAGUGCCGAGACAGCACCUGGGGUACAUAAAAGAUUUUUCCGGAAAAUAAAAAAUCUUAUUUCAGCAUUUCAGAAGCCAGAUCAAGGCAUUGUAAUACCACUGCAAUAUCCAGUUGAGAAGAAGUCCUCGGCUAGAAGUACACAAGGUACUGUAGGAAGAAGAGAAGAUCCUGAUGUAUGCCUGAAAGCACCAUGAAGAAAAAGAAAACACCUUGUUCUUUAUUUUCAGUAAUUUAAAUAUAUGUGAAGUCUUGUAGUGGGCUAUAAAUGCAUUUCUAAAACUGUCAUAGUCCUCUAGUGGAAGCAUGGAGCCUAAUAUUAAAGCUGAGAUGGGCUUUGUAGAUAAUGAAGAGCUUUGAAAUGAGGAUGGGGAGAAAAAUAAUUCCCGAGGUUAUAUUCAGUUAUUGUAUUUCCAAAUGGGAAACAAUUUAAAGCACAAUGAAUGCUUUAUAAAACACUGACAUCAAUUCUUGCCAAAUAUGAAUAAAAAUAAUCCUCAGAUUUUGUCCAAAGCACCAUUGUUAGUGAAAUAUUAUUUGAGAUUUAACUGAUUUCAAAUUAUUUUGCUUGAUUGUAUUAGAGGGAUGUUGGUUGGUAACCUUCACCUUUAUCAUGUGUAGUUCUUCACUAGCUGUGGCAUCAUAGGCUCUUUGGGGAUCCAUGAAGCUGUGUACUGUGUGCUAAAACAAGAACUAGAUUAAGGGUAUAGCAUUUGUUUCAUUCUGAAAGCCAGAUUCUUGCCUAGUAUUCUCAUGUUGGACAGUAAUCUGCAAACUAAUCUAGAGUUUAAAAUCCCACAGUUAAAAAAUAUGCUCUGAAUAUUGACUGUAUUUGAUGCAACAGGAUCUGAAAUUGCAAGUCUGAUGAAGUAUGUUUUGUGUUUUCAUUCGCCCCUGCGCCAUUUGUGUCCACUUUGUGUAAAACCUCAUUGAAAGGGAAUUGUCAGGAGCUGCCGGUCUUCAGGAAAUGAUUUGGAAGCAAGCUUAUGAUUGCAUGAACUUGUUAACAAUUCCAGGCUAUUGAAACCUAAGUGAGAAUCAGAAUUUUAUGUAGCAUUCUUAUUUACAUUUGUACUUUCAUGAGUUGUGUGAUGGAUUUUAUGUCAGGUUGCUUCAAGGCUCAAACGGUUGAUUUACCCAACAAACCUAAGAGGAUAUUGGGGAUUGGAGAGGUAAAAGCACACGAUCCCUAACCUCAGAUGGUUCAUUGUCUAGUUGCACAAGAAAACAAUAAUAUUAAAGGUUGAUGGGUACAUGGUAAUUGAGGUUUCCCCAUGUGUAGGUAGAUCUGUCUUUAGAGGCAGAAUGAAUCGAUACCCACUGGUUUGUGGUCGACAAGAAAAGGUUCAUUUUGUUGUGAACUAAUAAAUUGGGAUUCCAGAUUACACAAGAGUGUUGGUGAGCUUGAUUACUAAUGAUGAACUGCUGGGAGACAGAAUUACUCCUGAUGCUGCAUCAAGAUCUGAUUUCUGAGCAUUGAACAUGGAUGUUGUGGGAGCAAAAGCAGAGGGCAGUCACAACAAGGUAUUGGGUGUGGUUUCCUAUUUCCUGAAGUUAAGAGCAUCACUUUAACUUGUAAAGGAUUCUAGAAAGCCUGUUUUUAAGACAAAUUGCAUAUGUUUCAUAUUUCUUAAGUUAUUUGAAACUUGAGUUUAAAUUAUAAAGUGUGUGAUUUUCACUCUCUUGAAUGUGUCUGUCUGGAUUAAUUCUCAACCCAUGAAUCAUGCAUGCAUGUUCCUUCAUGAGAAUGCUUUUUGGAAAAACGAUCUGGAUUUAUUAAUGAUCUUUCACAUUGUAAUAAAUUGUUUGAAAGCUUUA